UCGGUGGUACCACGGUUAAACGCUUGCAAAGUGAUGAAAGCUGCGCUAGGUUUGGUUUGUCUUUUGGUGGGCAUCCUGGGUGUGUUGACCCGGGAGCUACCGCAGCAGCAACAGAAUCAGCGGGUGCUUCGUGCUCAAAACGCAUUCGAGCGGCUACAUCGGGAGCCUCCCAUUCGUGGAGGUUCCCCGGCGACAAAGGCUGGCCCAGUGACGACGAAGUACAUUAUGCAGCGUUUGGAUCACUUUGACCCUCAAAAUGUCAACACCUGGUCGAUGCGUUACAUGGAAAAUGGUGAGUUUUACGAAGCGGGUGGACCACUGUUUGUCUACGUCGGUGGUGAGUGGGAAAUCUCCGAAGGAAGCAUCUCCCGUGGGCACGUUUACGAUAUGGCGCGUGAGCUGAAAGGUUAUCUGUUCUACACCGAGCAUCGUUUCUACGGCAAAAGUCACCCAACGGUCGACACACGUACAGAUAAACUGAAGUAUUUGAACAUCGAUCAAGCGCUGGCGGAUUUAGCACACUUUGUUGUGGAGAUGCGCAAGACGAUUCCGGGUGCAGAACAGUCAGGUGUCAUCAUGAUUGGAGGCUCGUACUCCGCGACGAUGGUGUCCUGGUUCCGGCAGAAGUAUCCCCACCUCGUCAAUGGAGCAUGGGCCUCAAGUGCUCCGGUAUUUGCCAAGGUGGAAUUUACCGAGUACAAGGAAAUUGUGUCCGAAAGCAUUCUACUGGUAGGCGGUCAGAAUUGUGCCGAUCGUGUAGAACGAGCAAUUAAGCAAACGGAAGAACUGUUGGCCCGGGGCGAGUACACGCUUGUCGCCCAAGAGUUUAAACUUUGCAGCGAUGUGGAUCUCUCGAAGUCGCUUGAUAGGAUGAAUUUCUUCAGCAGUCUUUCGGACGAGUUUGCGGGAGUGGUCCAAUAUCACGCGACCGGAGAUAUUGAGCGGCUGUGUCAGGUUGUGGAAGACUCGACCAUUACGGACGAUAUGCAGGCGCUGGCUAGGAUCGUAACGCAAGGGCUGACAACGAACGGCUGCAACAGCUACGGGUACAAGGCUAUGGUUGAUUUCUACAAAAAUACCGCCUGGGAUCAUGGCGCUGUUCAGAGUUCGAUGCGCCAGUGGCUGUACCAGACCUGUGCCGAGUACGGAUGGUAUCAGAUUUCGGGUUCGUCCAAACAAAUCUUUGGCUCCAGCUUCCCGGUCGAACUGUUCGUCAAGCUGUGUGGCGAUCUGUACGAUGGAUUCUUCGAUGAAACGAGAAUGCAAAGCAAUGCCGACCGAACGAACGUAAUCUAUGGUGGCUGGAAUCCGGAGGUAACGAACGUUUUCUUCACCAACGGACAAAUCGAUCCCUGGCGUGCGAUGGGAAUUCAGCAAGAUCUGAACGAUCAGUCACCGGCGGUAGUAAUUCCAGGAGCUUCCCACUGUGCCGAUUUGAGCUCCAUCACUGCUCAGGAUUCGGAUGAAAUGCGUGCAGCAAAGGAGAAGAUACUGGAGUUGGUUAAGAAGUGGUUGGCGUAAGGUUUUGUGCUUUUAAUUAAACUCACUCAUGC